UUUCAAAAAAAGGUUAGAAAACUUUCUUUUCUCUCUAGCUUCUACUGGCCAUUGCCCAGAUUCCGGCAUGGGGGUCGUCGUCUGCUACCGUCGGCCACCGUACACGGUGGCCGGAUUUCAAGGUGGGCAGUUGGGAGCGGGUGAGGAGGCCGUACGGUGGCAGAGUAGGUGGUGGCAGCGGCGCACAGGGGGCAGGUGGUUGAAGGCUAAAGGUCAGAAGACCCUAGGAGCGGCGCCUAGGGUUCUUCUGUUUUCUGCUAGGUUUUUUUGUUUUGGGUUUUGGGCUGAGGUGAGGCUAUUGGACCUGUUAGGGCAAAAUGUUGGGCUUGCUGUUUGUUGUUUGGGCAGGGCGAAACUGGGCUGCUACAUUUGUUUUUAAAAUAAAUUUUUAGUGUUUAUUAAAAAAAUAGGCUGGGUCGGGUCGGGCUCGGGCUUAGGAAUUUUUUCUCGGGCUGGGCCUAGAUAAAAUUUUAUGCUCAUAUUUCGGGCCGGGCCCGGGCCUAAGACGUGGGCCAAAAAUUUUUUCUGUGCCCGGCCUGACCCAGUCCAUGAGCACCUCUAGACAUGUGGCACAGUCUUAGAGUGCCACGAGUGCAAAACUUAACGUUGUUAAAAAAAGUACCAAAAUUCUUGACAAAAUGAAAAUUCAGGUACUUUAGGAAAAAAUAAUCACAAGUACCAAUUUGGGAGAAAGUGACAAAUUCAAGGGUUAAAUGAGUAGUUAAGCCAUUAAAAUAUAUUAGAUAAUUUUACCUUUUAUAUAUAUAUUUUUGGAAAAUAUGAUAAAGAAAUUGACACGUCAUAUUUCUUAGGUCAAAUAUUUUAAAACUAACAAAUGAUAUUAGCAGGUCAAAUGUAAAUAUAUAUAUAUGAAAAUUUUAAUUAUGAAAAUACUUAAAGUAAUAAAUAAUUCUAAUUAUAUUAUUAUUUAAAAAUUAAAAAUUAUUGGGUGAACUACAUUAGUAGUCGCUCAAUUAUUAGUAAAUUUCUUUCCUAAUCACCUAACUAUGAAAAGUUACAAAAUGGUCACUCAACUAUUCAAUUUUAUCUAUUUUGGUCACCCAUCUAUCUUGGAUUUUUGGGUGCUCCCGUUUUUACAUUAGCUAGUUGGUGAACAAAAAAGACAAAAUUGAAUAACUGAGUGACCGUUUUUUUAACUUUUUAUAGUUUGGUGAUGAAAAAUAAAUUUACUUAAUUGAGUAAUCAUUUUGUAAUUUUUCAUAGUUAGAUGAUAAAAAAAUCAUAAUUGGAUGAUCUCUAUUGUAAUAUACCCAAAAUUAUUAGUGUGUAAAAUCAAAAGUGAUUCAAAACACUUUAAAAUGUA